AUGAACUCUGUUCAGCAUAAACAAAUCCAAAACCUGCUUACUUAUAAUGAUUCAACUGACACUGAUAUACUGCAUUCCACCUUAACUCAAAUAUACGCUCAUUGUCCUUAUACAGGUAUUCCAACUAAUCUUAUAAUUGAAAUUAUACCAUUUUUGUGCAAUGCGGAUUUUAUUUCCAUCUCCACCAGGGUCUAUAUCAUUGAGCGUUGUUUGCUUCCUAGAGGGUUCCUGCCAGCAUCGAUUGUUUUGACCGUAGCUAAACGGCUAGGCAUCCAGAGUCCGCAGAAUCCUUAUAAGCCGGUCACACCCAUAGCAGUCCAGGUUGCUCUUUGUAAAUGGUUGUGCCAUGUCUAUCCAAUAAUAGUUGAUGCCAACGAUGCCUUUAAAAAGACUUACGCUAUAUGGUUUCAAUUAUGGAUGUUCGACUACUUACAAGAUUGGAUUACCUAUUUGUUACUAUGGUCAACUACAUCAAGAUCCCAGAUAGUCGGUUAUCGGGUCAACGUCCUUCUGAAAUUUGGGUUGCAUCCGGGCUAUGCGAACAGUAGAGCACUUGCUACUUUAUUGCUAUAUCAUUAUAGUCGAUUAAAUCCUACGGAGCAGGUUCAAUCUUCUAUAAACAAGCUUAAGUGUAACGCCAAAAGACUAGCAUCAGUACAAAACUUUCCCAUAGAUGAAACCUUUGUUGAUAAUGCUUCAGCUGUAUUAUCUCAGGCAGGAGCAAUGAGCAAGGAGCUAUUUAAAGAUGUUAUGACUAGUCAUUUAGACGCCUUAAAAUUGGCGAUUCCUUCUGAUAGUCACGGUAGCACUAUAACAGGAACUGCAAUUGAGAACAAUCUCACAUUACAACAAUUUGCAGGCCAAAUUGAAAAAUAUCAAGUUCCCGUUGAUUACUUAUCAACAUUGGUGGGUACAGGCUACAAGCGGUUAUUACUGGCAUUCCUGUCACCCGAAGCUAAAGAAUCUUUUAAAAUAUGGACGCGGAUUGCAAUACAACAAACUGAGGCUGAAGCAGGUCAGCUUACAAGUAUCUUUAGAUUACUACGUGCUGCUGGUGAUGGGAAGAUUGAAUUUGAGGAUUUACUUGAGACAUCUUCCUUUAGCCGAUUGUACAAUCUAAGGUCAUUACAUUUGAUGCCCUUAGUUUCAGAAAUUGAUUCCUCACCGGCUGUUAUUAAAAAGUUAUUUGCCAAAUACAAUAGCCUAUACGAUAAGUGGAGUAUAGAUCUUUACUUCUUUAAUAUUGGUUUAAGCUUGCUCCUUCUAUGCCAAGCACAUGACAAUAGGCGAUCUAGUUUUCUUUUACAGAUAUAUUCCACAUUUAUGGAGAACUAUGUUAGCGCUGCUCUAGUGAAACGCCAUUCUCCACGAGAACUGAUUCUUUUAUUAUCCCCAUCACUCGAUGCCUCGGAGAAAAUACCAGCUGACUGGUUUGCUCCUGAAGAGCUAGCAUCGUUUUUUAUUUUACCACGAGUUAUCGAUAAUAUAAUGGCAAUGAACGAUGCAUUGGUGAUGUCAGUGCUAUGCAAGAGCCUAGUGGUGGCGAAAGGUAGGGUUAAAGGAUUGCCCUCUGACAAUCUUUAUGUUAAAGCGUUGAAUAAAUGUAUAAUUGACAUGUCGACUUAUCUCUGGAGGAACAAGAUAUUUACAGAAUCCACCACCUGGGGGCUCCCAAGAGAAUUCUGGCAGAAAAUUACAGAUAGUUUGUACCUUUCCGAUCCCAAUAUAUCGCAAAGGCAUCUGUUUACAAUCCCAUACCUUUAUCCCUUUAGAUUUGUUUGUCAGAAGCUCUUUAGAGAAAUGGAGGAUGAUUACAGUUGUGAUAUACGAUAUGAUAGACCUUUGACGGAUGAUGGUUAUAGAAGUUGGACAAAACAUAUGCAAACCAAUGGAAAGCGUUGGCUGGAGGGCGUUACAGAUUAUGAUACAUUACGAAAGAUGCUAGUACUCCAAUUCAAUGAGCGUGAAGCAUAUUACAGCAUAACAUUAUUUCUUCAAACGUAUGUCAGAAAUUUCCCAGAUAGAAUUGCAUCUUUAGUUAAAUCAAGGCCUAAUUGA